CUGCUGCUCCCUCUCUCUCUCUCUCUCUCUCUCUCUCUGUUGCUCAUCGGUCCAGCGUUGCCUCCUGCAACAGCUCCCACUUUACGCAGCAGCUGAGUAGCUGAACAGACAUGGACACGUCCAAGCUUUAACUUUGAGCUCGCCUCUCUCUCUCUCUCUCUCUCUCUCUCCCUCUCUCUCUCCAGCUUGCUCUCCUCUCUCUCUCUCCCUCUCCUCUCCUCGCCUCUCCCGCUGAGCUCCGGGGGAAAAGCUCCGCUGGCAGCCGCGGACGCAUGGAGAUCUAACUUUGCUCCAGUUUUCGGUCAGUCGGUCAAGUUGCGUGGAGGCUGUUGUGUGGCUGCCGUUGUUUUGCUGUUGGUUUGUUCACGAGUCUCCUCAUGCGUCGGGAAUGCCAUGGCCACUCCGAACGCACAGCAGCAGCACCAGGAUUAUUUCAGAUCGGUGAGCAGCGAGUCCACCACCUACAUGAUGGUCCCGGCCGGCGGGCCGAGCGGGACGAGGCGCAAGGAAGCGCCGUCCAAGAUGUGGGUGGCGAUGGUGGUCAUAGUGGUGGUGGUGCUGCAAAUUGCCUCCACCACGGGGCUCUUUGUCUACCUGAACAUGUCCAUAUCAGAGGUGCGUAGCCAGGGCGUCACAGAGGAGCUGAAGUGCCUGAGUUUACUCAAUGCUCUGGAUAAGGACCAGGACAUCCCGGACCAGCUGGCCCAGCUCUUUGGAGAGCCCUGCAUCAAACUGGCCGAAGGCAUCAAAGCAUACAUCUCUAAGGUAAGAAAACAAACCGCUGACGUUGAGGAUAAGCACAGUAAACACAUUACAAAUCCUCAUAUAUUAGUUUUAAAGAAUGAAACCCGACACAGUGUUUCAGUGCGUAGCCAGGGCGUCACAGAGGAGCUGAAGUGCCUGAGUUUACUCAAUGCUCUGGAUAAGGACCAGGACAUCCCGGACCAGCUGGCCCAGCUCUUUGGAGAGCCCUGCAUCAAACUGGCCGAAGGCAUCAAAGCAUACAUCUCUAAGAGAUACUGA